AAUUUUCUAAGACAAACUAGCUACCACUGCCACUCCUACUUCUCUUGCUUCUGCUAUUUCCUCCUCGUCAUCUCUUCUAUCUCUGAAGUUGCUUCUCGCCCACUUCCUUCUUCUAGCUAGGUUUUCCUACUCCACUAUAUACUCGUCCACUGUAUAUUAUACUCUAGCUAGCUCAUAAGCUUUGGCAAAAGCUAGAUUGGUGUAUGAACUAAGUGGCUAUCUAGACUGAUAUAAUACAUACUGCAAGAACUACUCCGAUCGAUCAUGUCUAGCAGAAGGUCAUCAAGGCAGUCAUCAGGAACUCCAUCAAUCAAAGAUGAUCAGAUCAUCGAGCUCGUCUCCAAGUUGCGCCAACUGGUUCCUGAGAUUCGCGACAGGCGCUCUGAUAAGGUAUCAGCAUCGAAGGUCCUACAGGAGACCUGCAGCUACAUCAGAAACUUACACAGAGAGGUUGACGACUUGAGCGAGAGACUGUCCCAACUGCUCGCUACUAUUGAUGCUGAUAGCGCUGAGGCCGCCAUUAUUAGGAGCUUGAUUAUGCAGUAGACCUACUCUAUAACUCUAUAAAUAUCGUUAUGUUAGUUAAUUUAUAUAUAGCUAUAUAGUUGCACUACAUCUUUAUUACUUAAUUUCUAGGUUUUAAUCACCAUGAUGAUCAAGGAAAGGGUUGUUUAAGUACUACAACGUACUCAUGUACCCCAGCUUAGAGAAAAAGCUCGUGUAAUGGAUCAAGUUUGUUUGAUUAAUAAAAAGGACUUGCACUAGCUAGCAAAUCCUAGCUAUGAAAA